GAAUUGUUAUGGUUUCCUAAUCAUGUGUGAAUUAAAAUGGGCUCAAUCGCAUCUGUGCUGCAAUGGCAUUGUCAGACUUGCGGCCAGAUCAAUCCUACCGAAAGUGUAAAGUGUUUAAAAUGUGGGACAAAAAGAGUUUCGAGUCAUGACACUGAGUCUACAAAGCAGUAUUUUGGAGAAGAUUCUUCGCCGGAAUACGGUUCUCGCACAGGGAAGAGUGAGGGAACUACUCCCGGGUCGGAGCCAAUCGUUAUUCCAGUCACAAAUAACUUCAAAAGCGGAUGGUCGUGUGUUGGCUCGGCGCCGGGCGCAAGUCGCGCGUGGCGCUGCGGCUGUGGACUACGCAACGUGUCAGCUGCGUGGCGAUGCGCCGCAUGUGAUGCCCUGGCGCCACACGCUCCUGUCUAUAAACUUUCGGAUGACGAGGACCAAGCUUCAGGGAUGACGGACAAAGAUAAAGCUGCCCAGGAUCACACUAUGAUAAGAUCCAACACCCUGGCCGUUCCUUCAUAUAAGCCCACUUCGAGUUAUUCGCGCGAUCGACGAUUGAAUCUUGAUUUGCAGUCCCUUAGGCUUUCGCCAACUCAAUUGGCUGACCAAGCUCAUGGAGUGACCAGGUCCCUUUCUCACGGAUCUGUAAUCAACUCCCAACAUAAGUGGUGGAAAGUUGAUGAAACCCGUGGGACAAUAAACAGACCCACAAGUUUAAUGGUAUCGGAACGUUAUGGGUACAACACUCAAUACAAUCCAAGAGAAUCUUUCUUGAGGAGUCUGCAUACAGUAACUAGGAAACCGAAGAAACGUAAUGAAAGUGAAUCUAAUUGGGAGUUGAAUUACGUGAAAGAAUAUCAAAGAGAACAGAGUAGAGCUUUGCAUUUGAAGAAAUGGGCUUGUGGUAAAUGUACUUUGGAGAAUUCUGGUAUACGGACCCAUUGUGAGGCUUGUUUGGCUCCUCGAGUAUCACCAUUGGCACGAGUUUCUAACACGAGAGGAUUGAGCGUGACCACUUUAGGGAGACACGAGACUUUGAGUGGAAGGGAUGGCGCUGCGUCUCUGCCUACGUCGGGUGGUGUUAUGAUCACUGUUCCUGACUGGCCUCAAAGUGGAAGUACAACUUUAGGACCGUCAUUCAGACGGUCAAUAAGCGCACAAAAUUCUCCAGAAAUCCGACCAACGUACAGAAGAUCGUUUUCAGAACAAACCAAUGCCGGUACCCAAGGCAGGAUACUUCCAAGUCGAAGAAGUCUUCACGAUUCUCAAAGGUUAGGCAGUUACGUGAAUCUCAAACCUGAGCCCAAGGAAUUAGAUAAGAAAAUCGAAGAAUCCAACAUAGAAGAUAAGGAAUGUAGUUGGGAUACGAACGCAGAAGGCGUGAUUUACGCCUUGCCGAACAAGGGGAAGUACAAGGACUUGAAUUUGCAGCUACAAGUGAACAACAACGGGACGCGAUACUCUUAUGUUUCGGUACAGGACACGAAGAACGUUAUGAGUAACUCACACAAUGAAGUUUUAUAUUCAAAUGACGUUGGUGAUGAUGACUACGCUCGUAUAGACGAGCUGUUAGGGGCGGAGAAUUGUAUAUCUCCUGUUAGUGAAGCGAGUAAUAUAAGGACAUCUCACAUUGGUGCGGUGCCGCGAGACCCGAGCACAAAAGUUUACAACAUGUUGCCGUCGGUCGGGAAGGUGUCGCAACCGAGGGAAAAAGUGCCUUCUACUCAGCAGCAACCAAGCCGCGAGAACCGCAUGUGGCAAUGCAACGAAUGUUGGUUCGCGUACAACGCAUGGUGGGCGCGCUCGUGCGAUGUCUGCCGCAGCGGACGUCCACCACACGCGAGCGUCACCCUCGCCUCGCGUGACGUCGUCGACGGACCACAUAUCAGUUCCAGACCAGUAGUAUGCGAAGCAAGUGGCAGCAAGGCGGAAGUGAGCCGCGAGCCGAAGAAGCUUACGGUUCCCAUCGCCUCUUUGGACCAUGAUCUCAACAGUGAUGAAUUGUUAUUCGCUGUUGAUUCCACCCCCACGCCAAGUGCAAUUCCCCCACCUGUGACGUGGUCAUGCGGGCGCUGCACACUUGUCAACGAGUCGUCGGCUUCCGCGUGCGCCGCUUGCGCAGGCUCCAGGCCUCCCGCGCAGCAAUGUAACUUCUGGUCGUGCAGUUCCUGUACAUUGCGCAACCCGCUGUCGGCGAAUCUGUGUCUGGCGUGCAAGACGCCGCCGGUUCCGAAACACGGCGUGCCAGCCACAACCGCGAACGAACUUAACCACGCCCCUGUUCAUCCUGUCGGCCGAAGUCCGUCUCCAAGGCGGAGCUCGCGGCAAACACCGGCGCUGCCUCGCCGAGCCGCGAGGCACAAAACGCCGCCUCCAGAACCGAAGCAAGAGGCUACGGAGUGGUCGUGUUCGGAGUGCACGUUCGUGAACGGCGGCACCACUCUGGCGUGCGAGAUGUGCCAGUCGCCGCGGCUGCGCCUGCUGCCCGCUGCGUCAGACGCCAGGGCCCUGGACGACGACGAUGAACCGGAAGGUUCAGACGGCGAACGGCAGGAAACAACGCCCAUGGAAAUUCUGCGGCUUCGGGAAGAGAGCCAUGCAUGGACGCAGUGGCAGGAAGUGCUGGCUCAAUGCUCAGCCACGGGCGAGCCCUACGUAGACGAUUCGUUCCCCGCCGCACCCCGGUCGUUAUACUACGAAGGGGUCCCUACUGAUUUCGGUCCGGCGUCGCGAUGGCUCCGGCCACAUCAGAUACACGUCGACACGGACCAUCGGCUGCCGUGGGUCGUGUUUAGGGACCCGAGGCCUUCUGACAUAUCGCAAGGUGUACUAGGCAACUGCUGGCUUCUAUCAGCACUGGCAGUUCUUGCGGAGCGGUCAGCUUUAGUCCGCGGGGUGGUGGUCCGCGGCGAGCCCAGCGUAGGGGCCUAUCAGCUGAGACUCUGCAAGGAUGGACGUUGGCUUACAGUUACCGUUGAUGACCUGUUGCCUUGCAAUAAAAAAGGACACCUUGUCUACUCACAGGCCAAAAGAAAGCAGUUAUGGGUGCCGUUGAUAGAGAAAGCGGUUGCCAAACUUCACGGUUGUUACGAAGCUUUAGUGUCUGGUAGAGCUAUUGAAGGUCUAUGUACGCUAACGGGCGCCCCCUGCGAGUCGGUGUCUCUUCAAGCGGGUGGCGCCGGUGGGGGCACCGGUGUGGGGGUUCCUUUGGAGCAGCUCGACAGAGAUUUGGUGUGGGCACAGCUGCUGUCUUCCCGACAGGCCUGCUUCCUUAUGGGGGCUAGCUGCGGAGGGGGCAAUAUGAAGGUCGACGAAGAAGAAUAUCAACGACUCGGCCUCCGACCCCGUCAUGCCUAUUCCGUAUUAGAUGUCGUUGAAAUCUCCGGGCCUACCCGUCUCUUACGCCUACGUAACCCUUGGGGCCACUACACAUGGAGGGGGGCCUGGGGCCACGGCUGCCCACGGUGGACCGAAGAGGUAAAGAGAGCAGUCGCUGCACAGACCGGAACUUCCGACGCUGAUAGAGAUCAGGGCGUCUUUUGGAUCAGUUUUGAUGAUGUUCUUAAAUACUUCGACUGCAUAGACAUCUGCAAGGUGCGCGUGGGCUGGCACGAGGUGCGGCUGGCCGGCAUCCUGCCGCCGAUGUCGUCGACGCGCCACCUCACCUGCCUGCUGCUCACGGCUACGCAGCCCACCGAGGUGGACUUCACACUCUUCCAGGAGGGCCAGAGGAAUUCAGCAAAGAAUCAGCGUUCACAACUUGAUCUCUGCGUGGUUGUGUUCAGAACGAAAUCGGGGCCGAGCGCACAGAUCGGGAAGUUAGUCGCGCACAGUAAACGGCAGGUUCGAGGUUUCGUAGGCUGCCACAAAAUGCUAGAAAAAGGUUUUUACCUCGUGGUUUGUCUAGCGUUCAACCACUGGCACACGGGGUUGGAACUAGCGGACAGUUCGGCGUGGCCCCGACACGUAUUGGCCGCGCAUUCGUCGAAACCAUUGGUCGUGGAGCGACCGGCGCUACAUCCGCAUAUAUUGGCCGACGCUAUUAUCGGUCUGACACUUGCAAGGGGGCAAAGGCAUGAGGGUAGACAGGGAAUGACUGCGUAUUAUCUUACUAAGGGCUGGGCGGGUCUGGUGGUCAUGGUGGAGAACCGCCACACGGACAAGUGGAUCCACGUGAAAUGCGACUGCCAGGAGAGCUACAACGUCGUCUCCACGCGCGGCGAGCUUAAAACCAUCGAUUCCGUACCACCGCUCCACAGACAAGUGAUAAUAGUGCUGACCCAGCUGGAGGGCAGCGGUGGCUUCUCCAUCGCGCAUCGGCUGACGCACCGGCUGGCGGCCGGUGCCCGGCUGCAGGAUUGGGCACCCAGCAGCGACGAGGAACCCCGCCACCGCCCACCGCUGGCCCGCCGCCUCUACGGCUUGCACGCACCCCGCCUCAUCACUUAAGCCUAUGUCGCACUUUGCUCUACAUUCUUAUUUCUUAAACAGAGUCCAUUUUGACGCCUAUCCAAUUUCCCAGGACAACGAUCGCGAUCCGGUCAGUUUAAAGUUUACUAUAAAGGCUAACUUUCAACUUAAAACCGUUCAUUAAAAGAAACUACUUUUGCUCUUCAAUUUUCAAAUUACAAACAUGUAACAGAAUAUUCAUGAAUUUCGAUACCUUCAAUGAACACUACUGCAACUUUAUAUUUUCGUUAUUUUCUGUUGUUUUUAUAAACAGUCAUAUUUCUUUACUAAUAUUAUGCUCCCCGAAUUUUGUAAAAAACAAAUUUUACAAAAUUUGUAAAUGAAAACAGAACAUGUCCAAAUAUUUAGUUGUGUAGUGUUCAUUAUGGAGAUAUCGAUUUUACCCAUAGUAAAACGCUUGAAACUAUUUUUUCGGAUGUAAAUCGAGUAUAUAUUUGUUUCUCCCGUUGUAAAGUCCCGAAACGUUGGUUUGUAUGAAUAAACAAAUGCACGCAAAUGAAAUCCGAAAAAAUACUGUCUUUUCCUGUGGUUAAGACCUAAGAACUCAAAAAUAUUUUGUUUUAACUACAGGUAAUGUCACUAGGUUGAAGGUUAAUUAAAACAACCAGAUAAUUUAAACCAUAUACGAACUCUAGUUCAUGUAAACGUAAAGCCUGAAAAAUUAAAUAUCAACUCUACCAACGUUUAUUACGGAUUUUAAAAGAACUUCUUUCUUUACAACUAGCCUAUUAUUUUAGUAAUUUGUCUGUAUAACCCCUAUAACGGAUUGAAAUGUCAAAUUCUAUAUAUACAUUAUCAAAAAUUUUGAAAAGACUUCAAAAAUUGUUAUGGCUUAUUUAGAUUUUGAAUUUACGCCAAGUAUACAAAACGCUAACCUCGGUCAGUGCUUUAGGAUUUGUAUGUUUAGUGGUGGACACCUUGGGCCCUUCAAGGCCAGUUCGUCUUAAAGACUCCGGUGACCAGACCGUUGGCAGCUACUUCUACCAAAAAGUAAGCUUAGCUGUCCAAAGGGAAAAUAUUGCUUCCGGUAAUUUUUAAUGAAAUUUUGUCCCUGUAGAUAUUUUUUCUUCUAUAUUAUUUUUGGUAUAUUGAGUUGUCAGAGGCAAAACUCAAUAAGUGUGCUAAUUUUCCUCAUCAUUAUUAUUAUUGUGGAAUCCAAUAUUCAAUUUUAUGAGUAACACAGAAACGAUUUAGUUACAAACCUCGCUUUUUGAUACGAAGUGACAGGUCAAACGAGUCGUGCGCCUGGUGGUAAGCGACACGCCUAUCCGUAGCAGUUGCAGUACUACUCAGAACUUUAAAUCGCAAAGGCGUGAGGGGACUGCACUCGUC